AUGGAAGCUCCAUACCCUAACAAGAGACAUCGCCGAGACCUUCCUCCUUGUGUACCUUUUUCUCCCUCAGGCCCAAGUUCCCUUCCUAGUGUUCCCGAUUUCAACCAGAACCAUGUCCAUCUGAUCAUUUCCUCCCUCCUCUUCUUACCGGACUUGCCUUCGCUAUCUAUUAGCCACUCGUUCGAUCGAGCGAUUGAGAAACUAUUGGAAUCUUCUUCCGACGAUGAUCGUAUGCGUAUCAAAGAGCGUGGAUUCCGACUCGCCUCGCUUCGCUUCUUCAUGAGUCUACGCAAAGGUGCGCUCAGAAACACGCCGCUGAGCACAAUUCCAGUUCAUGGAAACUCCCUCCUGAACUCACCAUCAAGGGAUUGUUUGCGGAUUUGGAUUAUUCAGGUCUUUUCGAUGCUUGAUGCAAAGUCUCUGAUGCGAGCUUCAGCUUGUUGCAUCAUGUUUAAAAAAUGUACCAUGGACCCUUUAUGUUACUCUCACAUAGACUUGACAGCCGGAAAUGCUGGAACUGGAAUCAUGCGUCGUAUGAUCCUUAAUGCUGGAAAGGAACUCAGAUCCUUUAAAGUUGGUUGCCCAUGA